AUGGAGGAAUGCAAAGAAGAACUGGCCUUAACUGACAUUUACAUGGCUAGAGUGAGAAUGAAAAAGAGAUUUCGGCCAACUCCAUGCCUGACGACCUGUUUUGGAGUCGACUUCGGAAUUGAUGUCCUCGUAAAAGAAGAGAAUCUUUCCCCAACCGGCAGUUACUUUGACAGAGCAGUUCUAAACUCUCUCCUAGUUUUACCAGAGGAUCAGAAACGUCGAGGAGUUAUCACAGCAUCAGAAUGUAGGCCCUUCAUCCGAGCACUGUUCUAUUACGGGCCCAAACUCGGGAUACCCGUGACCGUAGUAGUACCUCUAGGAAGUGAAAUUCAGCAACAAUUGUUGAGCAAACCUGGGAAAAACAUUGUGAGCUGCGGGAGUGAUUUAGAUGAGGCAAAAAGAUGCGCAGAGGAACUUAGAAGAGGAGUUAGACUGGAAUAUAUAGAUAGUGACCACAGCCUCACCAUGCUAGCUGGCCUAGGUACCCUGGGGUUCGAGAUCCUAGAACAAUGUGACUGUCACUUGGACGCAGUUGUCGUUCCUGGGAGUGACGCAAACCUUCUUAGAGCGCUACGAUAUUCUAUAAAAAGGAUUUUCCCUCAAAUUAAAGUAAUGGGUGUAAAAGUCAAGGAAAAAGAGUCUGCAAGAGAUUCGACUGAUGCGCUAAACGAUGUACUUGAAAUCAGCGACGUGCACAUUUCAAGAACGGUCUUACGAGUUUUGGAAAAGAAAGGUUUCCUCCUUACUACGGAGGGUGUGUCAGGAAUGGCAGCUGUCUUAACCGGAAAACUUACUCAGCUCAGAAAUGGACGGGUGGUAGUGGUAUUUUCCGAGUCCUCGUUACCCAGUCUUUUCCAGUUGGAACAGUUCAUCAAUGAAGGCCUGGCUAAAGGUGAUAGAUGUCCUAGUGUCCCCACCCCUGUUGCAAUGGACGUACUCAUCGAGUAA